AUGUUGGGGAACGUGUUCGGAACUUUUGGUCAACUGUUUGAUGAGUUAUGUAUCAACGUUCUAACAAAAAUACUUUCUGGGAAGGGCGUGAAGAUUGACUCGAACGGUCAACACGUAAGGUACCUUGAAUGGUAUGCAGAUGCCUGCCUGAAUUACUCUCUACGAUUGAGCACCCUUAUGCAUCAAGAUAAGCAAUUCGGUCGUUGUGGUCGGACUCUAUUAUGGAUUUCUGACCACAUUCUCCAUAGGGCCCUCUUAUCUCUUCCUUCUCGGAACUCCCAAAGUGACGAGUUCAGAUUAGCAGAUCAGCUCAAGCCAGUUUACCAGUCCCAGAUUCGAGUCGGAGUCUAUUUCUAUGUAUUCUUUCGAGAUUCAACCAGAAUAACAAAUCAAAUAGUUCAAUUUUGUGCUCAGCCGGAAUUGCAUUGUCCCUGUGAUGCCUGA